GAUGUCAUUCGUUCUGUCAUUGGGAUAGUGUAAGGUUAGAUUUUGCAUUCCAACUUAGAUACUGUACACAAGUGUAGAAGAUUCGGAAGAAUAUUUUUUCUUCUCAUUUAUAGUCAACUUCAAAGUUUUUUUUUGAUAAACUAAAAAACAUGACUUCAUGUCUGGAAAAUAUACAAAUACCGUCGUGUAUUUGGUUCGAGGGUGGCGAGAAAAAAAAUGCUCUAAUGUCGAUGUUAGCUGGAACUCUGUUUUUUACUGGCUGGUGGUUCAUUAUAGACGCUCAUGCAAAAUAUCCAACUGAAAUGGUCAAUGCGUAUCAUCUUUGUGGAGUUUUUGGUACUAUAUCCUUGUUUAUGGUCAAUUCGGUAACGAACGCACAGAUCAGAGGAGACGCAUAUAACGGCGGAUGUCUUGGUGCAAGAGGAGCCAGAGGUUGGCUUUUCGUGGGAUUUGUAAUGGGAUUUGCAGCGGUGAUUGCAGCUUGCUGGAUUUUAUUUGCAAACUUCAUCACAGCCGAAGCACAACAUCACUGGCCUGGCGUUGGACUUUUCCUGCAGAACAUUUUCAUAUUUUUGGGCUCGUUAACUUAUAAGUUUGGCCGAUCUGAGGACCAGUGGGGUUGAACAACCCGUACGUGUCUGCUCCAUUGUAUUUAUUUCAACACAUUCAAGGAAAAAAUGUCAGCGAAACGAAUGCAAUAAGUUUUUCACUGAUAAUUUAAUAAUAAAAUAAACAAACUAAUUAAGGAAAAUGUGACUGAGGGCGAAUCAGUCGCCCAAAUUCAAUAAUGAAAGCGAACUAUCGUACAGAAUGAAUAAUAAGCUUUGUAGAAAUGACGAUCCAAGGGAGUCGUCUCGAUUUGCAAAUUUUCACGAUAUAUGUAAGGAAAAACUCGAUAAUAGUGGGAAUAAAUAAAAAAAAUCAGUAUAAAACAUACAAAGUA